AUGGCCAAGACAAAACUGUCGACUCUGGAUGAGCCUCCUGUAGACUCAUCCGGGACUUCGCAGAACCACUUGGUGGAAAAGCAAGACGGUUCCGAGAUCAGUGCCCCUAGCGAUGACGCGGAGCUCAAGCGCGAAUAUCCUUCGGGCCUGGCGGUCACUUUUAUCCUGACAUCAGUUACUCUUGCCUAUUUCCUAUUCUUCCUUGAUCUUGCCGUGAUCUCCACAGCCACUCCAGCCAUUACCUCCCAGUUUGACUCGUUGGUGGACGUCGGUUGGUAUGGCGGUGCCUACCAGCUUGGAAGUGCAGCAUUUCAGCCCUUGACCGGCAAGUUUUACAGCCGAUUUUCUAUCAAGUGGACAUUUCUUGUCUUCUUCAUCAUCUUCGAAGCAGGCUCUGCCAUAUGUGGAGCAGCUCAUUCGUCGGCCAUGUUCAUCGUCGGCCGUCUCAUUGCCGGUAUUGGGUCUGCUGGAGUGGCCAACGGCGCAAUGACAACCAUUUCUACGGUCCUCCCAACACAGAAACAGGCGCUUUUUAUGGGACUCAAUAUGGGCAUGGGGCAGCUGGGUCUUGCGACAGGGCCCAUCAUUGGAGGCGCAUUUACUACGAAUGUCUCGUGGCGGUGGUGUUUCUAUAUUAACCUCCCUUUGGGUGCUAUUAUCGGCGGAUUCCUUUUAUUCAACACAAUCCCCGAACCAAAACCCAAGGAUCCGCCUCUUCAGGUUCUUGGCUCUGCUAUCAAAUCUCUAGAUCUCCCAGGGUUCAUGCUCAUUUGCCCUGCGGUCGUCAUGUUCCUCUUGGGGCUCCAGUUUGGCGGUAAUGAAUAUGCGUGGGACAGUUCAGUUGUGAUAGGCUUGUUGGUCGGCGCUGGAGCUACCUUUGCUGUCUUCCUUGUCUGGGAGUGGCAUCAAGGGGACAAUGCCAUGGUGCCACUUGCCAUGCUCAAACACCGAAUUAUUUGGUCGUCUGCAAUGACAAUGUUUUUCAGCUUGUCUAGUGUUCUUGUGGCUGAUUUCUACAUUGCAAUUUAUUUCCAGGCAAUCCACGACGACACUCCUCUGAUGAGCGGUGUUCACAUGCUCCCAAUCACACUUGCUAUGGUUCUAUUUACCAUGAUAUCCGGCACCCUGAUUUCCGUUUUGGGCUAUUACCUCCCAUUUGUUCUUGUGGGGAGUGUGGUAUCAUCUAUUGGCUACGGACUUCUGUCGACAUUGGGAGUUACGACUCCAGCUGCAAAAUGGAUUGGGUAUCAGAUUCUCUACGGUGUUGGAAGUGGUUGUACAACUGCAGCCCCCUAUAUCGCUAUACAAAACCUCGUGGCCCCAGAGCAGAUUCCUCUUGCCAUGGCUAUUAUCAUCUUCUGGCAAAACAUAGGUGCCGCCACUUCUCUAAUUGCCGCGAAUGCCAUCUUCAGCAACAGUCUUCGUUCGGAGCUUCAGAAACGCGCUGAACAGAUUAGCCUCUCCCCAGAUGCCAUCAUCAAUGCUGGAGUCCGCUCCAUCCGUGACCUGGUACCUGGCUCCGAACUAACCGCUGUUCUAGCAGCCUACACUAAGAGCGUUGACAAGGUCAUGUAUCUUGGUAUUGCUGUCAGCGUCGCCGUCUUGAUAUUUGCUCCGGGACUUGGAUGGAAGGACAUUCGGAAGGUCAAGGAGCUUCAGGUCAUUACUGACGAGUCUGCUGGGAGGGAUGAUAAAGAUUUGGCGGUGGCUGGCAAAAAGUAG